AUGACGUCUUCAACCCAGCAUCUCAAAAUGAUCUGGAGCUUAUCCUUGGGAACACUAGGAAAACACCCUGGAUGGGACACCAGUUCAUCUUUAGACACCAAACUUGCACACAGAUUUACAAGUGUUUAUCUCUCCCAUGGAGAGGUGUUCUCUAUGACUACACCCACAGUCAACAGCGUGAGAGUGAAGAAAGCUCUGACUUGGUCACUGGACUCCCUGACCCAAAGAAUUAUUGGUGGCCAAGAAGUCGUGCCUCAUUCCAUCAAGUACCAAGCAUCUCUUCAAUAUGAAAGAAAUCACUAUUGUGGAGGAAUCCUGAUCAACCAGCAAUGGGUGGUGUCUGCUGCCCACUGCUGGAGACCGAGCAACAUCAUUCAGGUGGUUCUGAGCGGACAUAAUCUGGUAGCUGAGGAUGGAUCUGAGCAAGUGCUUAACGUGUCCAAGAUCAUAGCCAACCCUACCUACAACCCAAAAACAUACAAUGGUGACGUCAUGCUCCUGAAGUUGAGCCAACCAGCUGUUCUAAACGCUUAUGUUCAGCCGGCUCCUCUCCCAGACGAGAGCACACCUCCUCUAGAUGCUGGAACCACAUGCACAGUGAGCGGCUGGGGCGUCACACGCAUCUACAGCUUCUUCCUGUCGCCAGUGCUCCGUGCUGUGGAUGUGGACUACAUCACCAACUGCUAUUACUUCUACUCCUUCAGGGUCAAUGAGAACAUGAUAUGUGCCGGAUCUCGCUAUGGAGGCAAAGACUCUUGCCAAGGGGACUCAGGGGGACCCCUCAUGUGCAAUGGCUUUCUGGAAGGCAUUGUGUCUUGGGGAAUAGGCUGUGCCAAUCCCUAUUACCCAGGUGUCUACACCAAAGUGAGGAAUUAUAACAAGUGGAUCAAUGGGAUCAUCUUAAGUGACAGUCAGGCCUAAAAAAAAUCAUGAAAAGUUUUAGUUUCAGACUAAAGCCAAGCCUCAGUUAUAAGCAACUUUAACUAUGCAUAAUACGUUGGGCACAUGUUAAUUUAGCUUGAACUGAAAGGAAAAACAGCCUUGGUGUGUAUCCACAUGCAUAAUUCAUUAACUAAUUAAAGGGUAGUGACUCCUGCUGACACAGCAGGGUCUAGAUUAAUGAUCAUAUAAUGUGUAAGCACAUUUUAAUUUCAUCCUUCUCUGUCGUGUAAUAUGCCUGCUUUAACUU